AUGCAUCGACCACUCGCCACGCUGUUGGUAGCCUUCCUUACCAGUCAAUUGGUGAUUGGUGCAUCAAGUUCGCCUUCGACCUCAGCCGCUGGAGCAACAACCUCUUCACGUUGGACAUCAAGACAGCGCACGUACACCAAACCGACUUUGACCAAGUCGCGGCAUUCGACCAAGCCAUCCUCCGGCACGCUGACCUCCAGCAAGGCCACCCACUCUACGAUUCCAGGCCCAACAUGCUCUAGAGCAGCAAACGGCACCAGCAUUUCUGUCCCGCAAUCGGCACCCUCAGGAGCUCCCCAAGUGCCUUCUGACUUCAUAGGAUUCGGCUUCGAGACAGCAUUCGUCAAUAACUACGCCAACGCAUUCAGUGAGAACCUCGUCAAUUCGAUAGCAAAGCGGGUCGGUUCAACCCUCAUCAUCCGAGUCGGCGGCACUUCCGGUGACCGUGUCAAGUUCGACCCCAAUCAGUCCGAAGAUGCAGUCUGCGUUUCUGGCGACUGUCCGAUCGGGAGCGGUGCUACUUAUGUUCUGGGACCGUCUUAUUUCGACGGCUUCAAGAGCUUCCCGAACCAGCACUUUUCGUUCCAGGCACCAAUGGAGAAGAACGUUAACACCACCGGCUCUCUCGACUACGUGACGCACACUUACCACGCCAUUGGUGCCGAUCGGGUAGCUGCUAUUGCUCUCGGUAACGAGGUCGACGUCUACGACAAACCAUAUACCAUCCAGCAGUAUGUCUCCGACGCCAAAGCCCUCGAAGGAAACAUCACCGAAGCUCUCGGCCUGUCACCAAAGGACCGCAUCUUCGAAGUGCUCGAUCUGGCGGGCUCCGGCACUGGUUCCUUCAGCGUCCAAGCCGCGUUCGACAACGGCCUCGACAGCAACGGCGUAGUGAAGUACGCUGCACAGCACUGGUACCAAGUCCCGACCUCUUUGUCAAACUACACGCCAGAGACCGAACAGACGAAACUCAUGAGCCAUCACGCCAUUGUCAGCAAGUUCAACAACGGCUACGGCGCCGGCUUACAGUACAUCCAGGCCAACGACCCCGCCGUCUCAUACAUAAUCUCAGAAAGCGGCUCCUCUCUCAUCGGUCCACCGCUCGAGUUCCAGGAUGCCUUCGGCGCCGCCCUGUGGGUCGUCGAUUUCGAGCUCUACGCCAUGAGUCAGGGAGUGAAGCGGGUCGAUCAGACGGGACGGCCUGCGGCGUCGCAUAGUCUGUGGGUUCCAGAUACGUCUGCCAAUGAUCCUUCGAAUGGCAACCAGCAGAAUAUCGGCCCGCAGGUUCGUGGGCCAUACUACGGUUUGCCGAUGGUAGCGGACUUUAUGGGUACGAGUUCCGGACGGGUUGUCGAGCUGCUGGGAGAAGAUCUGGCAACGGCGUACGCCAUCUACGACCCAUCCAGCGGUGCGUUGAGCAAGGUCGCGCUCGUCAAUCUGAAGUUUUGGUCUGCAGACGUCGGUGGUACCCGCGGAUCCAUGACAUUCGACAUUCCUGUAAACAGCAGUGUGAGCUCUGUGAAGGUCCAGAGGCUUCGAACAGCUGCAGGUGCUCACGCUCUUGGAUACGACAACCAAGGUAAAUGUGGUAACGGCGGGAUGAUCACUUGGGCAGGCGAGACGUGGAGUUAUAAGCUGGAUAAUGGGAACGGCUCGCCGGUUGAUGGGGUGAAUGCGAGCGAGACGGUGGAUGUAUGUGAUGGGGUUGCGAGUGUGGAGUUGCCGGACUCGGAGGCUGCGAUUGUUUUCUUCCCAUAA